AUGGAGCCGUCAACUCUCCUUUCGAUCGGCUCCCUUGUUGCUUUUCCCCACUGUGCACCGUCGACGUCGACAGUCUCAGCCAUGCAGAUCGUUUUCGUGCGUGGUCUGGCGGGCGUUGGCGCACUCUUCUUGCUUGGAAUAUCGCUCUGCAUCCUUGGACUUCCGGGCGCUUUGCAGGGCCUCCAGCUCUCGCUGAUUAGGGGAAAGGCGAUAGCGGACGGUCAGGCUCCUUUCGACAUCGAUAUGCCUCUGGAUAAGCCUACGAAACCCAAGGACGCAUCGAAGUGUGGUUCAGAAGACGCGCGUAUACGACCCGUAGAACCAGUCAUUCCGGAAUGGGACUCGUCGCGCUUUCUGAAAGGCCCUCCUGCAAAGCACUUUAGAGACAAUCUUCGCGAUGAUGCAUACUAUGUCACGGCUUGGUCGAAUGCAGGAUUCACCAAUCAGUUCAUGAGUUAUGUCAACAUGAUUUAUAUGGGCAUAAUUUCAGACCGCAUACCUAUCAUUCCGCCAUUCGGCCCCGACGACCAUAUCUCCUAUGAAGGUGGCACUCUUCAAUUCAGCCGUGUCUUCAACUUAACACAAGCCAAGAAGACCCUCAACCGCCCACUACUCGAAUGGCACGAGCUUAAACAGGAAGGCUCCGCUACCUCCGUUAUCGAACCCGCCCCACAAGACGGCGAAGCGCUCGGGUGUUGGUCCACCCGGCACGAAACCGACCCAAAUCCCCUGCGCAUCAGGUCCGUCGUCACCCACCUCAAGCUCGACAUCGCAUAUACCCGCAUCCCACUCAACGCACGGCAUUCGCCCGACAACAAGGACCACGACUUCCUCGUGUUCAAUCAGCUCGUGCCGUAUAUCUUCCCGAAAACCCCAUGGCAGGCUCCGUCGUCGUUCCCGCUGAUGCAGGCGUCCCCCCUGGGGCAGAAGUUGCCGCCGGAUGAGCAGAUGACGUGCUUUGAUUUCUUGUAUUAUGUGACUUCGAGUCGGGAGGAGUAUGAGUGGAGGUUCUCGUGGUCCCCUGCAUGGAGAAUGGUUGCGACGCAUUUGAGGUUUACGGAUGAGUUGAUGAGCAUGGCGGAGGGGUAUCUGCGACGAGCGUUCCAGGUGCCGGACAGAAUACCUCCGUUUAUUGCUGUGCAUAUGCGUCGAGGCGACUUUGGACACCAAUGCUGGGACGGAAGGGCACAAGAACAAUGCUUCGUGCCUCUCGAGAACUAUCGCAAGGCAGUUGAGACUGUUCAAAAGGAACUACUUGAGAAGAAAGGAAUCCAAGUUCAGAGAGUCGUGCUCAUGUCUGACGAGCUAGACCCCAAGUUCUGGGAAGAGACCUACAAACUCGGCUGGUCGCGAUUCGACCACACGGAAGAGCGGACACUCGAGAAGUACGGUGAGUGGUACCCACCACUGAUCGACAGUGUCGCGCAAAGCAUGGCGGCGGGCUUCGUAGGGACAGGAGAUUCGACGUAUAGCCUUGUGAGUGCGCGGAGGGUGGAGGAUUGGAAUGGCGGUCCAGCGGUGAUGGUCCCGAGGAAUUGA